AUGAUUCAUGUGGAGCCUCUCAGGCGCCUGCGCACUGCAGCAGACGGGCCCGAGGCUUCGCUGCAGCAGCAGCAGCAGCAGCAGCAAAGCCACAGGCCAGAGGCAACAGCAGUAUAUGUCAUUGUGGUGCUGAGCCUUUUGGCCCUGGCCGUUCUUUCUGUGGGCCUUUGGUGGUGCAAGCACGGCUUCGGGUCCCCGCGCCUGCAACCCAGCAGCAGCAGCAGCAGCAGCAGCAGCAGCAGCAGCAAGGUGGUGCGCGCAGCAGCAAAGCCGCGCAAGGGCAGCAGCAACAGCGAAGGCCUCUGGGGGGACUUGGGGGCUUUCAGCACAGCAGCUUUUAAGCCCUGCAGCACUGAGGUGCGGGGAAGCAGCAGGUUGCAGCUGGCGCCGCCCCCGCCUGCUGCAGCAGCAGCAGCAGCAGCAGCAGCAAGCAGCAGCGUCGUGCGGGUGCGCUCUCGCAGAGCGAGAGCAGCAAAGGCGAGGGCCAGGCUGCGGCGGCUGCGCUCGACGAGAUCUUUUUGCGGCCUUUGCAGCCAGCCCUACAGCCACUGCAGGCUGCCAGCAGCAGCAGCAGCAGCAGCAGCAGCAGCAGCGGGGGGGGCGGCCGGCAGCAGCACCGACUCCCUCUCGGGGAAGGCCAAGGGCCCGCAGUGUAUAGACAGAUAUGUCUUGGGGCUGCAGAUGCUGCAGCGGGCAGCUUUGCUGCGGAUAAGAAGGUCUGGGGCUUCAGCAGCAGCAGCGGCAGCAGUUGCUGCUGCUGCUGCUGCUGCCGCGGAGGGCUCCCGGCGCUGCUAG